GCAAGAUGCUCACAUCUGACAUGAUCUAGCAUCUUGUGGCACUCGUGGCCAGAAUCUUCUAUUGGCAUUUUCCCACGUUUUGCGAUAUCCAGGCUCGAUGCCGCUCAACAUGGCUUCUUUUCUGGUCAAAUCAGCCACGCUCCUGUCGUUAUCUUUUACACUCUACUUCUCUCGAACACAAGCUCUUAGCUGGUCUGCUGAUCAUGCCCUAUGGAAUCUCAAUCAGAAUGAGACUGCAACUGGACCCCUUGAAUACUGGGGCGAGUGGCCAGCUCACCCGAGAACCCCAUCGCCUGCCAAUUGGCGAGUGCCCUUUUACAUGCUGACGCUGGAUCGUUACGUGGACGGGCAGCCUUCAAACAACGACGCUAAUGGUACUGUCUUCGAGAAUGAUUGGACCACGAACCAAUUUCGCUUCGGCGGAGACGCCAAAGGCUUGAUGAAUAAUCUGGACUGGAUUCAGGACCUCGGCAUCAAGGCCAUAUAUUUUUCAGGCUCCCCGUUCAUCAAUCAGCCUUGGGCCAGCGACGGCUUUGGCCCAUUGGACUUUACAUUGCUCGACGCACACCACGGCACGAUCAUCGAAUGGCGCGAACUGAUAGAAGAGUUACAUAGUCGUGGCAUGUAUGCUGUACGUAAGCCCGAGGUCCAAAUGCAGUGCGCCAGCUUGCGUGUUUGAUUGCCACGAUGAAACUGGGCACAGAACACCGUUCCUUUCGUUUCGAGCCAAACCCACGAACUAGCUAGCCGAACAAGUGCUAUAUCCCGAUCUCUGAUGUACCCUUACUAAUUGUACCUUCA